CAGAAAUCGACGACACAGUAGUGCAAGAAUAGGGUGUGAAAAUCAAAGAUUACGUGUGUUGAAGUGAAGUAAUUAUUGCUCGGCUAAUAAGGAACACGCUGCCGGGUAUAUUGCUUAUCUGUUGGAAAUGAUGACAUUGAAAAUCGACACAGCCGAUUUCGAUCGCUCGUCCAUAGAGCAACAACCACAACAAGACGGCAAAUGCAAUAACAGCGGUCAUAAAUCAACGGAAACGCGUAACGUCACAGAUUCCGCUGUUGAGAACGACAGGAUUAAAAGUUCGGACCCGGAGAAAGGUUUAUUGGACCGUGAAAAUGACGGUUCCCCAUCGUUGGAUGAGCGUUCUUCGAUGGUAAAUAUGGAGGAAAUCGACAUGCAAGCACCGCCUUCUGACAAGCGGCUGUGCCUUGCCAACAUGCAGCAACUGGGAGCCCAUUUACCAAGAGUGCUGGAUAUGAACGUAACACUGUGGCAAUUUCUGCUCGAACUUCUCAUGGACCCCAGCAGCAACAGUCAUCUAAUCAGUUGGACCUCCGCGGAUGGUGAAUUCAAGCUCCAUAAUUCCGAAGAGGUUGCUCGGCUCUGGGGCCUUAGGAAGAACAAGACGAAUAUGAACUACGAUAAACUGAGCCGAGCGCUGCGUUACUAUUACGAUAAGAAUAUCAUAAAGAAAGUGAACGGACAGAAGUUCGUGUACAAGUUCGUGUCUUUCCCUGAAAUUAUAAAAACCGAAACCAAGAUUCCAUUUCGGGUAAAGAUGGAAAGACUUACCCAAAACGAAAAUGGACAGGGGGGUAUAGAUGAUGACGACGAAGGGGACCCCCCCUCACCCACACCAUCUUCAUCACCCCCCUCAAUGGUGGUGGGCCGUAGUGACGUCACAGAGGAAGAUUAUCGCUACUUCAUCCAACGUCAGCAAGAAGCAAAAGAAUUAGAGCAAGCGGAAAAACGAAAAAAGCUGAGCCAUCAAAACGAACAAAGACAAGAACAAAGGCGGCAGCUGAAGCAACUGAACUAUUCCAACUACUCCCCCACGCAAUCGCCCGCGGAUAAUUGGAGACACCGCGAGAUGGCGGAAGAGAGUCACCACGCUACUGGAUCUCUUCAGCAUGCAACACGUUCUGUAGAAGAUGUAGCUCGCAUGUCGCUGGGUGCGGCGUCCUCUGCGGCAGCAGCUGCUGCCGCGGCCGCCCUGUCAGCAACGCAAGAGGAACGUGCCCGUAACGCUGCGGCAACGGCAGCUUUCUGGGCUGGGUUCAGACAAGCUGCUGCAGCCGCUGUUGUAGCUUCAACAUCUAAACCAGAAGAUCCACUGCUUACUCAGCGAUACUUACAAGCAGGUGAGAGACAAAACUCCGGGCGAAAAUACCACACCGAAAGCCCACCUAUCAACCCUAGAGGAUGGGACCGCCACAAUAGCAACAACAACCACCGUUCCAACACACACAGCUACCGGCAGCAACAACACAAUGACAAAUAUAAGCACGACCGACUGUCUCCCCCGUAUCCAACUCAGUUCCACAAAUCUCGUAAAUCUCCACCCAAAGACACAGUUUCGCAAUAUCAGCAAUACCUGCAACAGUACGAGAAAGAUUACUCUCUUAGUAUGAGCCACCACCGGUUUAAAGAGCAACCAGAACAUACGCCGGAGGAACUUAUCAACCACAACAAAAAAGCGCUGGCUGAAGCGUUUAUGGCAAGAGCUCCUCAAAUAAACAAGCCUCGCCCACGAAGUCCUUACAGCAGUGGCCAGAAAAGGAGGUAUCCGGGAGAAGAUGACGUUAUGGAUGUUAGGCGUCGCGACCCUUCACUUUUUUGUUCUCGACUCGAGCAAGAUGACAUUCCUGCAUCCUCCAACCGAUCAAGCAUUGAGUUGAAGCGUCCAAAAAUGGAAUGCAGCGACAUCAGCUCCAACGCAUUUCCUUUCGCCGACAAUUUUAGCUCAUACUCCCGCGAACUUGUUGGAAAAUCACCCCCUCUCCCGCGACCCUUCGACGAAAGAAACGAGCAUGCAGAAUCAACCUUGGCAAUGCUAAUGAACGGCCAUAAUUCAGCACCUAUUGAAAACACCAGCAAUACUAAUACCUUAAAACGAAACUCCCUGAACGAAGCGCCUUUGGAUCUCUGCACUUCACCUAAAGCGUCCAACUCGCCUCCAGGCAGUCCACGAGCACUUUCCCCAAUGCUUAAACAUUCCCCUCCAGUUUCCAGCAUGGACGGCGAUACUUCCAGAACGGAAGAGAAAAGAAAAUCUCCUGAGCUACUCCCUGCUCCUGAGCAACGGGAGGACGAGGAGCUCGAAAAGACGAAACAAGACUCCGGACCGGUGACUCCACAAAAAAGGCGACUCACUGGCAAAAAGUCAAUAGACCGAAAACCUUCCCCCAUUGACUUAAGUAAACCAACUCGUACAGAAGCUGAUGAUUACAUGGAUGGGAUAUCUUCAGCUCUGUACGCGCAGUUUCCAGGCAUCCGAGGAUCAUCUUUGUUAUCACAUGAUGGAAAAAGCAUCAAUACUCCGGAUGCGGUGAGCAGGAAGACACCAUCCGACACGAACGCUACUUUCUUUCCCACUUCAGUGAUCAUGACUCCAUCGCCAAUGGUGAUACCUAGUAUUACAUUCUGGAGCACCUUAAGCCCAAUGCCGCCACAUGGGUUAGGGAAGACUGACCUUCUUGCGGGAGUCCGUGAAGGCUGCUCUUCCAAAUCAACAAACAACGAUUCAAAAGACGGGGAAGGGGAAAAAGACCAGAAAGCCGGUUCAGUCUUCCAGUUUCCUACAGUGGUAAACGGCCAGAUGACAUUCGCGGGCGUUCCUGUGCGACCGAUUGCUGCCGCACUUGGCCAGCCUAUCCCUGCCAACCAAGUGAGCAGCGUAGCUUCCCAGCUUACUUCGCAUAUGACGGGGGUGGCUUCUCCCCUUAAUCUCGUAUCCAGUUCUGCCGUCACGACACUAACUUCAUCGUAACGUCACUUGAACGUCCAGCAUCUAACACACGGCGCUGUGGUACUCCCAGAUCACUGUUUCAUGCGAUACCGCUCUCAGACCUUGUUAUUUUCGUUCACGCCAAAGGUACUCUCUUUUCUUUAAUAUAUUCCAUACUAAAUCCACACGCCGGUUAAACGAACAUAACAACAGCAAAAACAAAGUGAAAAAACACCAAAAGUUGAAUAAGUCAGAUAUUCCGCAAAGUGAAAAUUUUUCCAAGAUUGUGCUUAGAACUCCACGGUGCAAGCAUUACAUUUAAAAUUCUUCUGCGGACAUUGCUUAUAAUCUAGACCAUACAGAACUUCCAGUUAUACUUGUUUUCUGUAGUCCACCCCAGAUUUUUUUGUGUGUGAGCUGUUUUUUAUGUUUCAUUCAGUUUGAACUUCAUGGUUGUUAUUGUUUUAUUCUUUCUGUUUACGGUGCCAUUUAUUUGUGUAUAUAACGGUUCUUUAACGUUCCCGCAUAUACAAACCGCGUCAUGUACUUCCCCAAACCCAUAGAAAACCACCAUGUACAACUGAACGUUACUACGACUGUGUUAUUAAGAUCUGUCUGUGUGUUCUUCCCUUACUGCUGGAAUGCAUUUCCAAUUUUCAUCCGUUUUUUUCAAUCUUUUCUACUGCCCGUACAUUACGUGUUAACCAUUGGCGAACUGGGCGAACACGGGGCGCAGAUGUGCGCUAUGUGCGUGAUGGCCCACACUUAAAGUUCAUUUACCUGACGUGUCGACCUUUUGCGGUCAACCAUUUAGCUCCCUUGCGCCCCCUGUGUCUUACUUUUCGCAUCUUCCUGUGAUAUUUGUGAUUUGCGUCUAGUUUUCCAAUCGCUCACAGAUUUAAGUUAUUUCGUGGCGCGUAAAAGCAACAGAGCGACAUUAUAUUGCAAACC